UUCCUCGAGGCGGAGAAACUGGUGCACGUUCCGCGGGGCCGCGCACGGAGGGGAAGUGAAGAGACGGAAGAAAGGACGUUGAAUAAACUUGGCAACUUCUAGCUGACUGGCUAGAAAUACAGUCAGAGACUAUGUUACAGCAGAAUUGGUGACUUAUUUCGAUAUAAAUUUAGCCAGCUAACCAAACGCCCCGUGUUCAUUCAGUCACCGCUGUCUCUACUCGACCAGUGGACUCCGGCAGUUUUCAAACAGACUUGCUCAACCGACCCGGAGCCGUCAACCGUUACAAAGUCACAUUUAGCCGCUGAUAAAGUGGUGUAAUAACCAGUAAAUUGUACUGACGAGACACACAUCCAGCUCACUGGCUCAGCGAGAGCGGGCUUUUUCUCUCCUUGUGGGAAAAGUUGUCCGCGGUAGUGGUGGUGGUGGUGGUGGUAGAGGAACCGCGGACGAGGCCUGCAGUUGAGGAGGCUACAUGUGUGAAGACCGCAGCUGGCGAGGAGUGACUCACACACGGCGUUAGUUAGCUAAACACCCAGACAAACAUGUCGGCCCAGGCGCAGAUGCGAGCGAUGCUGGACCAGCUCAUGGGGACGGGGAGAGACGGAGACACCAUGCGGCAGAGAAUCAAAUUCACAGAUGAGCGCGUUUGCAAAAGUCACCUUUUGGAUUCCUGUCCUCAUGACAUUCUGUCAGGCACCAGAAUGGACCUGGGAGAGUGCAUCAAAGUCCAUGACCUGGCCCUGAGAGCAGACUAUGAGAUUGCCUCCAAGGAGCAGGAGUACUUUUUUGAACUUGAUGCUGCUGAGCACCUUCAGUCUUUUAUUGCAGACUGUGACCGCAGGACUGAGCUGGCCAAGAAAAGACUUGCUGAGACGCAGGAUGAGAUCAGCGCUGAAGUCGCUGCAAAGGCUGAGCGUGUCCAUGAGCUGAAUGAAGAGAUCGGGAAGCUGCUGGCCCGGGCAGAGCAGCUCGGGGGUGAGGGGAACGUAGAUGAAGCCCAGCAGCUGCUGGAAAAGGUGGAGAAGACCCGGGCCUUAAAGAAAGAAGCAGAGGAUGUGUACAGAAACUCGAUGCCAGCGUCCAGCUUUCAACAACAAAAACUACGGGUGUGCGAGGUGUGCUCGGCCUACUUGGGUCUCCACGACAAUGAUCGUCGUCUGGCCGACCACUUUGGCGGCAAGUUGCACCUCGGCUUUAUUCAAAUCCGCGAGAAGCUUGAAAAGCUAAGGAAAGCAGUUAUAGAGAAACAAGAGAGAAUGCGGAUGAGAAGACGAGAGGAACGCGAAAGAGAGGAUGAAAGAGAACGACAGUGGGAGAUGGAUCGGGAACGGGAACGAGAGCGGGAACGUGAGCGAGAAAGAGAGCGAGAAUGGGAGAGAGAACGGGAGAGGGAGCGCAGGAGGUCAAGAUCCAGAAGUGGAGACCGUUACAGGGAUGGAGGCAGUUCGUCUUCCCAUCGUUCAAGACGCCACCGCUCCUCUCGUUCCAGAGAAGAGGGCGGAGAUCGGGAUCGAGAGAGAGAGAGGAAACAUCGACACAAGGACAGACAUCGCUCCCGCUCCCACUCGCACAGGCACAAAAGGAAGAGAUCCUCCAGAGACAGAUCAUCUCACACCCGUGACAGAGAGUGCUCACUGUCCCAGGAGAGAUGGAAAGAAGGCGCAGAAGGAUGGCGUGAAGACAAGGUGGAGUGCGCAGACUUGGUGGAGAGGGAGAGGUCUGCCUCCCCGGACAUGGCCAGGGGCAGGGAACGAGAAAGAUCCCUGUCAUACGAGCGGGACCGACGCUCCAGCUCAGAGGAGCGAGAGUCUGGGGAGAUAUGAAACAGGAGGGGACGCCUCCAAUAUCUUUGAUUUGGAUAUAUUGUUUAGUAAAAGGUGCAUGGGGAGAUGAAAGCGUGUUGGUGCGGGUGUGUUUGGGUGCGUGUGGGUCAGCUGGCUUUGUAUGUGUGUUCAUGUUAAAAGUGGGACAUGUACAUUAGAGCAGGGGUGAAUGAAAUUUAACAACGGGAUGUGGGAACAGCUUCGGUGGUGGUGGUAAAGGAAACACGCAAACAAACUUUUAUAAAUCUCUGAAUUGUGAGGUUAGAGUGACCUGGAAGCAGUAUGGUCAUAUUUUUAUGCCAUCUUAUUGAUCUUAUGUACAGUUGCCAGUGAUGACUGUGUGAAGAGACAGGUGCCCUACUUAAAGUCUGUUUUUAUUUUGCUCACAUGAAGUGCUGUUAUUUUUUUAUCAUUAGUUGGACUUUUCAUGUUAUUACUGUUUUUCCACUAGAAAUCUAUCAGUUUCAGUAGCAUGGGUUGGACUCAUUAAUGUGGCAUAACCCCCGCAGUGAUGUUUGAAAUGAGCUGUGAAUGACUGAAGGCAAUUCUGAUGUUUGUGUUUUAUUUGCUGCCUUCAAGCCAUAACAAUCUCAUUUGUGAAAUCCGAUACACAUCCCAGGGCUUGACUUCAAUUCAAGAUAAAGUGAUGAACUUAUACUUUGCAAAUAAAUUCACUUGUUCCCCUGAAAGAAGUCCUCCAAAUAUUUCCACUCAGUUCCUGACACGUGAAGGCAUUUCUAGAUGAUGUGCAUAUUUACAUACUGACAUUUAAAGGCCCAGGGACUCAUGUCCUGCUUGCUGUGAUACUACUUGGAUGUACAGGGAGGGAUUUACUUUGCUGUGCCACCAUAGAAUGAAUAAAAUUUUCUGCUUCCAUUCAAA